AUGCCGUUCAUGCUGGUGAAAUUCAACCUGCAGAAGCGGGUGAAGCUGGCUCAGGGUCUGUGGAUGCUUUACUGGGUCUCGGUCAUCGCGGGCAUCAUCAUCUUCAGCCUCGGCAUCUUCUUCAAGAUUGAGCUGCGUAAGCGGAGUGAGAUCAUGGACAACAGCGAGAGCCAUUUAGUGCCCAACCUGCUGAUCCUGGUGGGCAUGGUGGCCUGUGGGGCCAACGCUUUCGGAGGAAAGAUGUGUCACGACUCUCUGGACCCAAUCAAGUUCUCCAAGUUGAAGCCGAUGCUAAAGCCGUACAUGCUUUUCUGCUGCGGCUUCAACGUGGUGCUGGUGGUGGUUGUGCUCCUAUGCUUCCUCAUGCAGUUCUCCGUGUACCUGACGCUGGCUGAGGGCCUGAAGAACGCCAUCAGGUUCUACAAGGACACGGACACGCCGGGACGCUGCUUCAUGAAGAGGACACUGGACAUGACCCAGAUCGAGUUCCGCUGCUGCGGCAACAACAACUUCAGGGACUGGUUCGAGGUCCAGUGGAUCAGCAACCGCUACCUGGACAUGAGCAAUGACAUGGUCAAAGAUCGUGUCCUUAGUAACGUGGAGGGGAAGUACCUGAUGGACAGCGUCCCGUUCAGCUGCUGUAACCCUGGUUCUCCGCGGCCCUGCAUUCAGCACCACCUGACCAAUAACUCCGCCCACUACGACUAUGACCAUCGCACCGAGGAGCUCAACAUCUGGAACCAAGGCUGCCGCGAGUCCGUCUUCUCUUACUACAGCAACAUUAUGACCAGCAUUGGAGUGGUCGUCAUCAUCACCAUCAUCCUGGAGUCGUUGGACGUGGCUGGUUUGAAGUUCCUGAGCACGACUCUGGAGACGAUGGCUGACCCAGAGAACCCGGAGUGUGAGAGUGAAGGCUGGCUGCUGGAGAAGGGUGUGAAGGAGACUUUUGCCGACAUGUUAGCUAAGCUCAAGACUCUGGGGAGGGCCAACCAGGUGGAGGAGGCAGGAGAUGCAGCUGAAGCCGCCACCUGAAAGCUCCGCCCCCACAGAGGACUGAGACCUCCCCUUCCCCCUUGCCCCCACAGCCGUCAACCACAACCUCACUCCCAAAACCAGGGAAAAUGAGAGGAGUGGUCGUCUCCAUGUUCUCAACACACACCACCACAUAGAUGCUACAACACACACAAACCUACACAUACUCACAUGCACACAAUUAAUGUCAAUAUUGUCUCUUUUGUAAAUAUGUUGAACAGAGUUUAUUUUUGAGCAGCAGGAACAGAAAUGUUAAAUUUCCCUCCAACUUUGUGGUUCCUGUCAGACGGCGCUCCGAGCCCGGCCGAGCCCGUCCGAUACGACCUGCCACAGAUCAGCUCACAUCAACUUGUCUGACCCAGUCGCAGUUCCAGUUUGUCCAGCAGAGGGCGCAGAGUUUUAUGCCAAACGUGUUUGUUUACAUCCAGAUGUUUGUGUGUCGUAGACAUCUGGUAUCGGUCGGGCUCUGGUCUCCUCCAUCAAUGUCCGACCUCUGAUGUGGUCAGUUGGCAUGGAAACAGACGGCCAAACCCAAAAACAAACCAAACAUAACCAGCUCCGGUCUGCAAAGAUCCUUUGAAACCUGUCAGAUGUUCAGUUCAUGUUACAGGCAGAGUCUCGCCUGUUGGACAACUUUUACAGCCAUCGUCUUUAAAUUGAUUCCACUUCCCAUAUUGAGCAUCUGAGCCUGGCAGACCGAGCUCAGGGUGAAGCGUCCCUCUGUGGCCGUCUGGUUCCGUGUCAGAGUGGCGCCGGUUCUGACUCAAACAGGAGCAACACACACUGAUGGGCAGUGUAACGGUGUGUGUUCUUCAGUAGUUUUCCAGCUCGUGAUGUUUGUUUUUCUUAUUGUUGUGUUGUUUGUUUGUUUUGGUCAGGUUUUGUGGGUUGGUUGGAGUUUGU